AAGCAGUUUCAGCUCAAACAGAUUUGGAUCGAACACGGGGAUGUUCGAAAUGCUGCUCACGAUGUGUUCUGAUGCCAGAUGCUAGACAUUAGGCUCAGAUCCAGACCAGGUGCUACUUCCUUCGAAGCGGACAUAAAAAGUUAUGCGAGGACUAGGCACUGGAGCGCGGCGUUGCAUUCCUUUCAGGAAUCGUCAAAAUUGCAUUCGCACGUCAGUGAGAGCCUCUACACGUCGAUCAUCAGCGCACAAGGAAAAGGCAGGCAGUGGCAGCGGGCGCUGGCGCUGCUGAGCGAGAUGUGGAGUGCGAAACUGGAGCCAAACGUCAUCAGCUACAGCGCCGGGAUCAGCGCGUGCGAGCAAAGCGGGCAGUGGUUGCAAGCUUUGGCGUUGCUUGGCGACAUGCCAGAGGCGAAGUUAGAGCCCGACGUCUUCUUCAGCUACAGCGCUGGGAUCAGCGCCUGUGGGAAAGGCGAGCAGUGGCAGCGGGCUCUGGCGCUGCUCAGCCAGAUGGGUGAGGCGAAAUUGGAGCCCAACGUCAUCUUCAGCUACAACGCUGGGAUCAGCGCGUGCGAGAAAGGCGAGCAGUGGGAGCGGGCUCUGGCGUUACUUAGGGAGAUGCGGGAGGCGAAGUUGGAGCGUAGCAUUAUCAGCUACAGCGCUGGAAUCAGCGCGUGCGAGAAGGGCGAGCAGUGGCAGCGGGCUUUGGAAUUAUUUGACAGAUGUGGGAGGCGAAGUUCCAGCGCGCCGUCAUUCAGCUACAACGCCGCGAUCAGCGCGUGCGAGAAAGCAGAGCAGUGGCAGCGUGCUCUGGCGUUGUUCGGCCAGAUGUUGGAGGCGAGGCUGGAGCCCAACGUCAUCGAAUUUGCCCUGCCGGGAGUCGCGAGUCGCACGUGCGAUCGGGGCAUUGUCGUUCGUUAAAGGCUUAACGACUUCUGCCGUCCUUCGACUCGCGCUGGAGCGGCCGCGAGUUGCUCCAACUUUUCCUGGAGAUCUCUGGAUUUACCUGGAUUUACC